GAGAGAUUGUCCUCUUGCUCGACGUUCUUCUCUUCGGUCUGGUCGCCUGCAUCCUCGCCUGUCCAGUAGGUCUGCGGGAGUCUUGCUAGCUGAACCGGUUACGGGGCCCUCCCCCCUUUUCUCCCUCCGCAACCUGCCUCUCCCAGGCAUGGAUAACAGUUGCAGUCGAAUAUGGCUCUGCGACACUACACCCUCGACUUCAACCUCUCUGCGGCAGUUGACGCUGCCUCCACUGCCCCUCGGCUGCUGUCCAUAUUUCAUGAGCAUGAAAUGACAGAGACAGAACAUGAUACAGGUGGCCGUGGUUACCUCGCCACUUUCGCUGGCAAGAAUGGCAGGUUCGUCACUCUGCGAGUGCACUCCCACGGACUGAUCACGAUAGAUGUGCAGUGUUACGAAGACGACAACGUUGCACAGAUAGACAAUCUUUUAAAUGCACUGGAGAAGAAGGUGAAGGUGGUGUUGAACGGCAGCAUCACCAGGGUUAAAAGGCUGCCGGCCCUGGUGAGAGGAGCAGCGGUUGACCGGUACUGGCCCACUACUGACGGCAGGCUGGUGGAGUAUGACAUCGACCGCGUGGUGUACGAUGAAGACUCUGCUUACCAAAACAUAAAGAUAUUGCACUCUAAGCAGUUUGGAAACAUGCUUAUCCUCAAUGGAGACAUCAACCUUGCUGAGAGCGACCUGCCCUACACCCAAGCCAUCAUGGGAGGAGGCAAGGAGGACUAUACUGGGAAGGAGGUGCUGAUUUUAGGGGGAGGGGACGGCGGCAUCCUGGCUGAGGUGGUCAAGCAGAAGCCAAAGAUGAUCACCAUGGUGGAGAUUGAUCAGAAGGUGAUCGACGGGUGCAAGAUGCACAUGAGGAGGACUUGCAGCAACGUCCUGGACCAACUGGAGGGAGACUGUUACAAAAUCCUGGUGCAAGACUGUGUCCCAGUGCUGAAGAGGUACGCUCAAGAAGGCAGAACCUUCGACUACAUCAUCAACGACCUGACAGCUGUGCCCAUAUCCACAGAACCAGAGGAAGACUCCACGUGGGAGUUCCUGCGGCUGAUCUUAGACCUGUCUAUCAAGGUCCUCCACCCUGACGGGAAGUACUUCACUCAGGGAAACAGCGCCAAUCUGACCGAAGCACUGAGUCUGUAUGAGGAUCAGCUGGGGCGGCUCUCCUGUCCGGUCGCCUUCUCCAAAGAGGUGGUGUGCGUGCCCUCCUAUGGCGAGCUCUGGGUUUUCUACACCGUGUGGAAGAAGUGACGCACUCGUCCACUCGACUCUUCAGCUGCUAGAAUGUGAAACUUCCUUCUCUGCUGCGAAUGUGCUCCGAACCACCUGCAAAUAUAUCUGAAAAUUGUGACCCCGCCUUGACUAAAAAUGUACUUCGAGGAGUAUUUCCAACACUCCAGUUGCUCAUCUAAAGUGGCAGCCCCCACCACAUACCACUGUCACGGCCCUCCUGCUCCCUCGAUUCAUCUCCUUCAGCCAGGUGUCUCAGACACACUGAUCUGCAUGCGCUCUGAUGGAACUGUUAGAAGUGAAACACUGAUACAGUGACGUUUUUUUUUUUUUCUGUUUCUCCUCUUGCAUUUGUCUAUGUUUUUCUCCUCAAAAUUGGUGUCCAGAUGUUUAGGGUUGUUCUCAAACUCUAUUUAUGUUCCAGCAGUUCAGUUCCAAUCCAGGUCGCGACCCCUCCUCCCCUCCCAACUAUGAGACCUGAGGCGUUAAAAUGUCCAAAUCGUCCUUUAAAAGGGAAACGCUGCCACCUAUCGACCGCCACCGCAGUUCUGGUUUUGUUUUUACGUCGGUUCAGUCGCACCUUUCGGUUUCUCUUCGUUUUUAUGACUUUUUUUUAGGUGCAUGUGAGAGACUGUGAUCGUAGCCUGCAUUAUUACAAUUCUUAGCAUGUGAUGGAUCCAGUGACUUUUAUUUAUUCUGUUUAAUUUCACCAAAUGCUGUUCUGUUCUGCUCUUUUAUUUGUAACAAAUAAAGAAGCUUUGGGGUUUUAGAGUC